AUGUUGGCCAGGAGCCCACCGCCGGAUCCAGCGGCGCAGGCUGCCGCUGAAGAGGCUUUCCGCAAGUCAACUAUCGAGAUAUGGACGCUCUUUGCGAUUGGAGUUUCCGCAACGGUUCUUAGGACUUCCGCCCGAAUACUCUACGCAUGUCAAUCGGCUCUCGGGUAUAGCAUAGGCAAUUCUGCUAAGGGCCUCGCAAACAAUAGCCUGACGGACGCUGAAAGGGCUGCACUGUCCAUCAAUGAUCCAGAGUACCAAUUCAGGGUGAUUGGCUCCAAAAUACAGGUAGCCGGAUGGACGGUAUAUUCGGGCUUGAUCUCGGCUCUUAAGUUGUCGGUGCUCUCGUUCUACAUUCGACUUACGGAGGGCCUUGGCCGACGCUAUCGUAUUCAGAUUCAAAUCGGAUUCGCUCUUGUAAUCGGAACUUUUUUUGGCGCUAUAAUAACAAUCUUCACAGCUUGCCGGCCAUUCCACAGAUACUGGCAGAUUUACCCAGAUCCUGGCAACUUCUGUCAGGCUGGAGUGUCCAAGCCAAUCAUAUGGAUCUCAUUUGCGGCAAAUGUAUUGACUGACAUCUAUUUGAUAUUAAUCCCUCUUCCCAUGCUUUGGAGAUCUAGGUUGAGGAUGAUUAAGAAAAUAGCGUCGAGUAUUGUCCUCGGAGCUGGUGUGUUUGUUCUCGUCUGCGCGACUCUAAAGAGUGUUUUUGUCUUAGUCGACCCCGUCAAUGGCCCCCAGCUUGCCGGCACAUGGGGCGUCCGUGAAGCCUUCGUUGCAGUGAUGACGACCAAUCUCCCGAUGAUAUUCCCCGUCAUCCGGUCCGUGCUGACCCCGCUAUUCGGCAAGGCCCUGGCAUCGACUCAGAAGAAGUCCUACAAAUCACCAGCCGGUGUCCAGACCAUUGGCGGCGGCGGCGGUGGUUCUUCCUACAGCCGGAAUCGUCAUCGCCGUGAACCUCCAGAUACGCUCACCACCGGCUUAACACUCAACGGGAGUGAGGAACGAAUCGUGGAAUGCAACAUUAAGAUGCAGGAGUUAGAGACGUUUGCGGCGCCGGCGUCUGUGUCUGCUGAACUCCCUUCGAGGGGCAUCUUGGUCUCCAACUCAGUUGAGGUCCUGCACGAGGACAGAAGAAGCAGCCACAACGGCGAACAUCGUGUGGAGCGUGUCCGUGAAGCUUGGUUACCACCUUGCUUCAAAUGA